AUGGUCCCCAAUGAAGCCCUUCAAUACCAAGGAAUUGUCCAACUGCUUCAACAUUUUGGGUGGAAAUGGGUCGGGCUCAUUACUCUGGAUGAUGAAGGGGGAGAACACUUCUUGCGGACCAUGAAGCUAAUGCUUUCCCAGAAUGGCAUCUGUUCAGAGUUCACAGAAAGAUUCGAAGCAUACUGGCAGUUCUUUGACUGGGUUGAGACUUUCAAUGGUAUACUGAGUCAUCUUCCAAUUUUCUUGGAGAAGAAAGCCACUGUAUUUAUUAUUUAUGGAGAAAGUUCAUCCAUUGUGUGGCUGGCUAAUGUUAUAUUGAUUACAACUAUUUUUCCUGUCACACAUCAUGAGUAUAGCGCAACUAUCGCUGAAGGGAAAGUGUGGAUUACAACAGCCCAAAUAGAUUUCAUUUUACAUUACAUUCACAAGCCUGUUAAUAUGCAAAUGUUCCAUGGCGCUAUUUCCUUCACUAUUCAUUCAAAAGAGCCUCCAGGUUUCAAAGAAUUUCUUCACAUUAUCAACCCCUCUGGAGCAAAAGCAGAUGGUUUUAUCACAGAAUUCUGGGAGCAAGCUUUUGGGUGCCCUAUCACAAAUUCUGAUGCACCAAGUGACAACACUGAAUCAUGUACUGGGCAGGAAUCGCUGCAGAGCCUAACUUCACCUUUCUUUGAAAUGAACAUGACUGGCCACAGUUACGGUAUCUACAAUGCUGUCUAUGUUGUUGCUCAUACUUUAUACAGCACUUAUAUUUCUCCAUUCAACCACAGAACAAUGGCAGAAAUGAGAGGGCUGGCACCUCAACAUUUGCAACCCUGGCAGUUUUACUCUUUGAUUCAAAGGAUCUCAUUCAACAACAGCGCUGGAGAGGAAAUUAUGUUUAAUGAAUGUGGAGAGUUAGCAGGUGGAUUUGAUGUUACCAACUUGAUCACUUUCCCAAAUAACUCCUAUACCAGGGUCAAAGUGGGAAGGCUGGAUCCUCACGCUCCUCCAGGAGAAGAAUUGACCAUAGCUGAGGACAAAAUCAACUGGCAGAGAACCUUGACUCUGCUGCCACCUCUUUCCCUCUGUAAUGACCCCUGCCGUCCGGGUUACAGCAAGAAAAAGAAGGAGGGGGACGAAUUUUGCUGCUAUGAAUGUACUCCAUGUCCAGAUGGGAUGUUCUCAAACCAGAAGGACAUGGAAUCUUGUCUCAAUUGUCCAGAAGGUCACUAUCCAAAUAAGUUCCAUGAUGAAUGCAUUCCUAAGAUUCCAAAUUUCCUAGCUUUUGAAGAAACAUUGGCCAUCAUUUCCAUUUCUUCAGGACUUCUAUUGUCUCUAAUCACAGGUCUGGUGCUUGGCAUUUUCAUAAGGAAACGUGACACAGCCAUGGUCAAAGCAAACAAUCGAAGCCUCACCUACAUUCUCCUCAUCUCCCUCCUCUUGUGUUUUCUCUGUUCCUUCCUGUUCAUCGGAAAGCCUAAGAAGGUCACCUGCCUUCUUCAACAAACUUAUUUUGGCAUCGUCUUCUCUGUGUCUCUCUCCACCAUCUUGGCAAAAACGAUAUCUGUGGUCUUGGCAUUCAUGGCUACCAAACCAGGAUCACGGAUGAGGCAGUGGGUAGGAAAAAGAUUGGCAUACUCCAUUGUCCUCUCCUGCUCCAAUAUCCAAGCAGGCAUCUGUGCUCUGUGGCUGGCAAUGUCUCCUCCAUUCCCAGAUGUUGACAUGACCUCAAUGACAGAACAAAUUGUACUGCUAUGUAAUGAAGGUUCUAUACUCAUGUUCUAUUGUGUUCUGGGUUACAUGGGUCUGCUGGCCAUUGUCAGUUUCACUGUGGCCUUCCUGGCCAGGAAGUUGCCUGACAGUUUUAAUGAAGCCAAAUUCAUCACUUUCAGCAUGCUAGUCUUUUGCAGUGUGUGGGUGUCCUUUGUUCCAACCUACCUCAGCACACAAGGAAAGUACAUGGUGGCUGUGGAGAUCUUCUCCAUCUUGGCCUCCAGUGCUGGGUUACUCAGCUGCAUCUUUUUCCCCAAAUGCUACAUUAUUGUGGUGAGACCUGAGUUGAACACCAGAGAGCAGCUAAUGCGAAGAAAGAUAAGUGUAUGGGCAGAAGAUAGCAACCAUUGUUUGAAUGAAGCUGGUGGGAGACGUGACUCUGUAGAGAAACAUGGGAGAGGUGACCGCAAGAUGGAUGUUGACUACCCAGGUGAUGAUAACUGCGGUGGUGAUGGUCCCACAUAUGGCAGGCGAACGUCUGUGACUAAAUUCACUGAAGAAUUCUCUUGUCAAAGUAAAGGAAAUCACUUUCUUUGCAGCGUAGUGACAAAGUUCUACCAGCACAUCUUGGCCUUGGUGUUUGCCAUUAAUGAGAUCAAUGAGAAUCCCAAGAUCUUGCCCAAUGUCACUCUCGGAUUCCACAUCUAUGACAGCUACUCCAAUGCAAGGAUGACAUAUCGUACUACGCUGGACCUGCUUUUCAAAUCACGUCAGAUCGUGCCCAACUACAAAUGUGGCUUUCACAAAAAUCUCAUUGGGGUCAUUGGUGGACUAAGUGCUGAUACCUCUGCAUGCAUGGCACAUGUCUUGGGUCUUUACAAGAUUCCACAGGUAGGAUUUCAGGAUGUGGACUUCCCUAUUCCUUCCUUCACCCAGAGAAUGAGGAGACCCUCCUGA